AUGGCCAAUGAGAAUCACAGAAGCCCUGCGGAAGAAGCGUCUCUCAUGAGUCACUCACCUGGCACCUCCAACCAGAACCAGCCCAGCUCCCCCAAACCCAUGCGCCUGGUUCAGGACCUGCCAGAUGAGCUGGUGCAGGCUGGCUGGGAGAAGUGCUGGAGCAAGCGGGAGAACCGCCCGUACUACUUCAAUCGCUUCACGAACCAGUCUCUGUGGGAAAUGCCUGUGCUGGGGCAGCAUGAUGUCAUCUCAGACCCUUUGGGAUUGAACGCAGCUCCGAUGCCUCUGGAAGGUGGAGUGGGAGAUAACUCUGCGGAGAGCAAGCAGAGGAAGAGGAGGUUCUCGGAGGAGGUUGCACCAAGUGGCAACAGCGCGAAGAAGUCCAAGGUUGAUGUCCCUGUGAACCCACCUGCUCAGCCAGUCCCCAGCUCUCCCAGUAUUCCAGGAACCUCUGUUUUGAAGGCAUGGUGUGUUUCACCUGAAGACAAACAGCAGGCAGCACUUUUACGGCCAACUGAAGUAUAUUGGGACCUGGAUAUUCAGACAAACGCCGUGAUUAAGCAUAGGGCACCAUCAGAAGUGCUUUCUCCACACCCUGAGGUGGAGCUGCUUCGGUCUCAGCUCAUUCUCAAGCUGCGUCAGCACUACCGUGAGCUCUGCCAGCAGCGAGAAGGGAUUGACCCCCCGAGGGAGUCCUUUAAUCGCUGGAUGUUGGAGAGGAAGGUGGUUGAUAAAGGGACAGAUCCUCUUUUACCAAGUGACUGUGAGCCAGUAGUGUCUCCUUCCAUGUUCAGAGAGAUCAUGAAUGACAUUCCCAUCAGGUUAUCCAGAAUCAAGUUCCGGGAGGAAGCCAAGAGGCUGCUCUUCAAGUAUGCUGAGGCUGCAAAACGGCUGAUUGAAUCCAGGAGUGCUUCUCCAGACAGCAGGAAGGUAGUGAAGUGGAACGUGGAAGAUACCUUCAGUUGGCUGCGACGGGACCAUUCUGCCUCUAAGGAGGACUACAUGGAUCGCCUGGAGCACUUACGCAAGCAGUGUGGGCCCCACGUGUCUGCUGCAGCCAAGGACUCUGUCGAAGGCAUCUGCAGUAAGAUUUACUACAUAUCCCUGGAAUACGUCAAGCGGAUCCGGGAGAAGCAUCUUGCCGUACUCAAAGAGAACAAUAUCUCUGCUGAGGUAGAAGCUCCUGAGGUCCAGGACAGGCUGGUGUACUGCUACCCCGUGAGACUGGCCAUCCCCUCCCCACCGCUCCCCAGUGUGGAGAUGCACAUGGAGAACAACGUGGCGUGUGUGCGGUACAAGGGGGAGAUGGUCAAAGUGAGCCGCAACUACUUCAGCAAGCUGUGGCUUCUCUAUCGGUACAGCUGCAUCGACGACUCGGGCUUUGAAAAGUUCCUGCCCAGGGUUUGGUGCCUUCUCCGUCGAUACCAGAUGAUGUUCGGUGUGGGUCUCUACGAAGGGACUGGUCUGCAAGGGGCACUUCCCGUGCAUGUCUUCGAAGUCCUUCACAAGCUCUUCGGAGUGAGUUUUGAAUGCUUUGCCUCGCCCCUGAAUUGCUAUUUUAAACAGUACUGUUCGGCCUUCUUGGACACAGACGGGUAUUUUGGAUCCAGGGGCCCGUGCCUGGAUUUCUUCCCUAUAAGUGGCUCUUUUGAGGCAAAUCCUCCGUUUUGUGAGGAGCUGAUGGAUGCCAUGGUCUCUCACUUUGAGAAACUGCUGGAGAGCUCCAGCGAGCCGCUCUCCUUCAUCGUCUUCAUCCCCGAGUGGCGAGACCCCCCCACGCCAGCCCUGACCCGCAUGGAGCAGAGCAAGUUCAAGCGGCACCAGCUCAUCCUGCCAGCCUUCGAUCACGAGUACCGCAGCGGGUCCCAGCACGUCUGCAAAAAAGAGGAGAUGUACUACAAGGCUGUGCACAACACAGCCGUCAUCUUCCUGCAGAACAGCGCCGGCUUUGCCAAGUGGGAGCCCACGCCGGAGCGGCUGCAGGAGCUUGUCGCAGCCUACAAGCAUUCAGGCCGGACCCUCAGCUCCUCGUCU